AUGAGUGGACGUUUGCCCACAAGCCAGAGUGCCUCACUUCAACAAAUUGCAUUCCAACCCUCAAGUGGCUCACAGGUUGCUGGUACCAGUUCGAAAAUGGAUACAUCGUUAAAAAAGCCCACUACCCUUCUGCCGCCCCCUCUACCACCAAGAUCUAACUCACGACACCAGUUUGCCAGCUCCUCAGGUACUCGUGUGACUCCGGCCCGAGAAACGGCUACGCAGGAUGCCAGUGGCUCCCCAUUGUCGGAUCCGAUGAGUCGUUCCGGUGGUGCGGUUAUAACCACCUCAAAGAAGGACACCACAGAGUCCGUCAUUAAAUAG